AAGUCGAGACGCCACGGGAGUCGGGGGCAGUCGCAGAUGAGAGCGAGAAGGGAGGAACACGAGCAGAAAAAAGGUUCGAACGUCAACAGGGAAGCGGGCGAGCCGGAAGGAGCGGCGGCGAGCGCACAACUCGGGAGAAAAAAAAAAAGCCAGCCAACGUCGACUGCAGGGGGCGGGGAGGACGACGACGAAGGGGGAAAAGACACCUUCUCCAUCGCCCCCCUUCCCCCACCCCCUCAUUCCUCUCCCUCGGACCACCGCCGCCGCCACCGCCGCCGUCGCCGCUUCCUCGUUAAGAUGGCUGACCCCGGCAGCGACGGAGAGGUGGCGGAGGGCGCGCGCGGCUUCGCUCGCCAGGGUGCCCUCCGCCAGAAGAACGUCCACGAGGUGAAGAACCACAAGUUCAUCGCCCGUUUUUUCAAGCAGCCCACCUUCUGCAGCCACUGCACCGACUUCAUCUGGGGCUUCGGCAAGCAAGGUUUCCAGUGCCAAGUCUGCUGUUUUGUGGUCCACAAACGCUGUCAUGAAUUUGUCACCUUUUCCUGCCCGGGCGCUGACAAGGGCCCGGCCUCCGACCAGGAUCCUCGCAGUAAACAUAAAUUUAAAGUACACACGUACUCCAGCCCGACCUUCUGUGACCACUGUGGCUCGCUCCUCUACGGCCUGAUACACCAGGGCAUGAAAUGUGACCACUGCAUGAUGAACAUCCACAAGCGCUGCGUGGCCAACGUGCCGAGCCUGUGCGGGACGGAUCACACCGAGAGGAGGGGGCGCAUCCAGAUCUCCGCUCAGAUCAACGACGACGCUCUCAAAGUCACCAUCAAAGAGGCCAAGAACCUGGUCCCAAUGGAUCCCAACGGCCUGUCAGACCCUUACGUGAAGCUCAAGCUGAUCCCUGACCCCAAGAGUGAGAGCAAGCAGAAGACCAAGACCAUAAAAUGCUGCCUAAACCCCGCCUGGAACGAGUCCUUCACUUUUAGCCUGAAAGAAAGCGACAAUGACCGCCGUCUGUCUGUGGAGAUCUGGGACUGGGACUUGACCAGCAGGAACGACUUCAUGGGCUCGCUGUCCUUCGGGAUCUCGGAGCUCCAGAAACACGGGAUAGACGGCUGGUUUAAGCUUCUGUCCCAGGAGGAAGGAGAAUAUUUUAACGUUCCCGUCCAGCCUGACGGCGAAGACGGCAAUGAGGAACUUCGACAGAAGUUUGAAAGGGCAAAAGUGGGUCCAGGGAAGCCGUCAGACUCUUCUUCCUCAUCUUCCAUCAGCAAGUACGAGAGCAACGGCAACCAGGACCGGAUUAGGCUGUCUGACUUCAACUUCAUUAUGGUUCUGGGAAAGGGCAGCUUCGGCAAGGUGAUGCUGGCUGAGAGGAAAGGUACGGACGAGUUGUACGCUGUGAAAAUCCUGAAGAAGGACGUGGUGAUCCAAGACGACGACGUGGAGUGCACCAUGGUGGAGAAAAGGGUCCUCGCUCUCCCCGGGAAGCCCCCGUUCCUCACGCAGCUGCAUUCCUGCUUCCAGACUACGGACCGACUGUAUUUCGUGAUGGAGUAUAUUAACGGAGGGGACUUGAUGUACCAGAUCCAACAGGUCGGAAAAUUUAAGGAGCCUCAUGCAGUGUUCUACGCGGCCGAGAUCGCCACGGGUCUCUUCUUCCUCCACUCCAGAGGGAUCGUGUACCGAGAUCUGAAGCUGGACAAUGUGAUGCUAGACUCCGAAGGCCACAUAAAGAUCGCCGACUUCGGCAUGUGCAAGGAGAACAUGGCCGACGGCGUGACCACCAAGACGUUUUGCGGGACGCCGGAUUACAUUGCCCCGGAGAUCAUCGCCUACCAGCCUUACGGGAAAUCUGUGGACUGGUGGGCCUUUGGAGUGCUACUGUAUGAAAUGCUAGCGGGGGAGCCGCCUUUUGACGGGGACGACGAGGACGAGUUGUUCCAGUCGAUAAUGGAGCACCACGUCUCCUACCCGAAAUCCAUGUCCAAAGAAGCCGUCGCCAUCUGCAAAGGGCUGAUGACCAAGCACCCGGGCAAGCGUCUGGGCUGCGGUCCGGAGGGCGAGCGGGACAUCAAGGAGCACGCCUUCUUCCGCUACAUCGACUGGGAAAAACUGGAGAACAAAGAGGUCCAGCCGCCUUUCAAGCCCAAAUCUUGCGGGCGCGACGCCGAGAACUUUGACCGCUUUUUCACACGCCACCCCCCAGAGCUGACCCCCCCUGAUAAGGACCUUAUUGCCAACUUGGACCAGGAAGAAUUCCAUGGCUUCACAUUUAUUAACCCGGAGUACCCGCUCAUUACUCACUGACCGUUCUCUACACACACACACACACACACACACAUGCACGUUACAUACACAACAGUGCAAUCGUGAUAUAAGUCACCAUCAUAUCCAUACCCAGACUGCGUUAGGAAAGCAAAUUUGACAUUUUUGGAGGGAAAUGUUAAAAAAAAAAAAAAAAAAAAGCGUAACAAUUACUUUAACACCCCGGAUUAGAAAUAGUGUGGAGAAAUAUCAUAUUUAAUACAUCAGCUUUACUGGCUCUAUUUGUAACAUUGCAGGUCACUUACGACAUGCUGCCACAUGUUCAACAAAAAUGU